AUGAUGAAAUCUGAGAUUCUCAAACCUGACACUUUUUUGUAUUUUGCAUAUGGUGACAAUAUGGUAAAAUUUCGAAUGAAAAUGUUCAAUCCAUCAGCUGAAUUUGUUUCUAUUGCUCGAGUAGAUAAUUACAGACUAGAUUUUAAUAAAUAUGUCAAGUUUUGGGGUGGUCCUGUCGCAACUCUUGUCCCCACGGCAAACGCUCAUGUAUGGGGCGUCAUUUGGAGACUUCAUAGAGAUGACCUCGAAUCUCUUGAUCAUCAAAAUGGUAUUGAGGCAGCUACAUAUUUCGUAAGGUACAUAGAGGUCCUUACUCCAUAUAUGGGUACAUUCAAGUGUCGUACAUACCUGCAAACAAUUUAUCCUUUGCCUAGAGGUAACAGAGAUCCCAUUCCUACUGAGCGAUGGCCAUCAUGGGCAUAUAAAGAAUUCCUAAUAAUUGGCGCUAGGCAACAUGGUCUGCCACAGUAUUAUAUAAGAUUCUUGAGAAAGUUUAAAGACAAUGGUGACGAAGGCUGCAUUAGAUCUGACUGCUUAUUAGUGCGCUAUGGAACUAAUCAGCCAUGCCUAUGUAGAGUACCUGGCCGCAUACCACGAAAACCUCUUAAGCUGGAUUUAAAGGCAGUUAGAGGUACGAAGCUACCUACCCAUCCAAUAAGAUCAGUUGAUGUAGUAGAAACAGAGCAAAAAAGGUCGAAGAAAAAAUUGUCAUUUUAA